AUGAAGUCAGCAAACAGAAUGAUAGAACGAGCAUACGACAAGGAGCACGUUGAGAAGUCGCUGUACGGGAACACUUUCGUCGUCUCCAAGCUGUACGAUCGAGGAGCAGCAUGGAUCACGGUUCGAGACAGCAUCGCCGUGCGAGGGAGGGAGACGAAGCCGAGCUCUGCGCUGCGAAGCAUCUCUCGCUCAUGGAACAUGCAGCAUGCUGUCCUCCAAGACGACAGGCCUCCUGGGUAUGAGGGGGGAGGCGACCAGGCAGGAAGGCCCUCAGCAUGGAGGUCAAAGGAGACGAAAACAACGCACAAGCCCAGCACCAGCACCAGCAGUCGGAGAGGAGAAGAGCGAGAAGCCGACAGCGGCAAGCAUGUCGACCCAACGACAAGGCUCCACCUCCGCAAACUCCCCACGGCAGGGAACAUGAGGAACCUGUUGAGGAGCAGUGAGACGUUGAGGAAACACGAGGCCCUUGUGGACGAGUGGCAUCCCAGGGCACACCGUGAAGAAGCUUCUUCUCCCUCCUCUCCUAACUCUCUUUACUCUCCCGCUACAUCGUAUCCCUCGAUCUUGAGGACCAGGCCGUCUUUAAGAGAAGGCAAUGCAUUGAUUGCGAGGGGGGCGUUGAAGACCAGCGAAGAGACGCUCAUGUUGAGGAGCCCAAGAGAGGAGGGGACGGAGGAGGGGACGGAGGAGGGGAAGGAGGAGCAGGAGGAGCAGGAGGAGGAGGAGGAGGUCCGAUCGAGUGAAAUACAGGUCCUGGUCCCCUCCGUCAUCAGCAAGAGCGAUGACAAGGAGCUCAAGAACAGCCAUAGGAUGAAAAGCGACCUGCGUAUUGCGUGGGGAUUGGAUGAGCAGGAGGAAGAGAGGAAGGAGGAGCAGGAGGAGGAGCAGGGGGUGGAUGAGCAGGAGGAGGAGGAGGAGGAGGAGGAGCAGGAAAGGAUGAAGGAUACAAGAGCUGCUUCCAUUGCGCUGAGGAGGUUUGGUCAGAAGCUGCUCAAGGAAGGGAACUUCCAAGCUUCUCGAGAGAUCCUGUACCGCAGCACCUCAAUGCUGCGAGAGGAAAGAUGA